AUGGCCCCUCCUACUUCCGGUCCUCAGAUCUUUGAAGAUGCCAGUCGUGCUUCCAGAGCUUCGGUGUUCCGGGCCAUGAUUUCAUCCAAGCAUAAGCGAAACCAAUCCGCAGACGAUGCGAUGCCGCCCCAACUCUCGCCAAUCAAAAGUUCGACUUCGUCUUCGGCCUCAUCUUCGGCCUCGAACCCGUUUCCAUGGACGCAAGCCCCGACUUCGGCACCCGGUCACUUGCCACUGGGAGAGAUCGUCCCGAACCGUGACGCAAGGGACAAUAACGUUCCCGCAUCCAAGUCCGCCAACAAGGACGGGAAAGGGGCUUUGCAUAAGAAGACGAAGAGUACCGUCUCGCUCAAGUCCCUGCGAAGCUACAUGGAACGAAAGGAAGGAAAGUCGGACGAACCCGAGGACUCAGACGAGAUGAGACCCAAGAAGACCAAAUCGACAAACAGUCUCUCCGCCAUUCUGAAACGGUCCCAACGCGGCCGCAAAGAUGGCUUCAAGCAGAGUCGCGAUAAAGAAAACCGCAGCCCGACCGACUUGGUUGAUAACAUGCCUUCGCCAAACAUUCCUUCCUCCCCAGUCUGGGCGCAGGACUCCAUCCCCGUGUAUCAGCAGCAGCAGCGCGCCAACCGCUCCAGACAGAACUCGGCCGCAGACAGACGUCGUAGCGUCGCUGAAGAAGUCUCCCUCUACACGCCCAAGGGCUAUAGCCCCGCACAGCAACGAAACUUCUGCGACUAUCAACAGCCGUCCCUCACCAAACCCGGUGAAUCCAAGCCGCGUCCCAAAUCCGAGAACCUGGCAGGAAACAAGAAAGUGAAGGAAAUGCUGGGAUCCGUUCAGCGCCCUCCCACCGGGGGUGAUGGCAAUGACAGUGGCUCUUCCAAGGGUCAUGUGAUGGAAAGAGCAAGGAAGAUGUCUGCUCCUGAGCCUCCAUCGCCGAGACCUUCGGAAAGGGACGCAAGCCCAAAGAAGUUGUCUCGUGUGCAAGCUGCCAUCUCAGCAUUCAAUGCGAAGGAAAAAGAUGCCGAUGUGCUCAAACACCUCAACUCCAAGGAUGUUGAGAGUGAGUUUGAGAAGCUCCUGGAUGCCAGAAACAUCCCUCAUAACAUGCGCGACAAGAUGCGCUCCCUUGACACUAACAUCAAGGUUGAUUUCAUUCAGAAGGAUCGUACUGAGAAUGGAACACCGCACAGUGCAAAUCCCCCUGAGAGUCGUCGCGGACGCGGAAAGGAAUCCAAAGAUGAUCAAAAAUCUCAGGACCGCAGGGGCUCUCGGUCUCGUUCCCGAAGCCGGGGGUUUACAUUUGGUCGAGGGUCUUCCUCUCCGGGGAAAAAGGCUAGACCCGAAAGUGGGAGCUUCGCUCGUCCUCGAUCUGUAGAUCUCUCGCAGCCUGUUGGAGUCUACACGACCCUUCACCCAGGUGGCUCUACUGCAUCUCUUUCCGAAGCUGCGGUUGUUGAUACUGCGGCAGAUCCUUCGGACUUUGUGCACUACCUGAGAGAGAUCCAGAAGCCAGAGAUGAUUGAAGUUGGAAAACUCCACAAACUGCGCCUUCUGCUUCGUAACGAGACUGUCAGCUGGGUCAAUGGAUUCAUCACUGAAGGUGGAAUGGAUGAGAUCGUGCAGCUCAUCUACCGCAUUAUGAAGAUGGAAUGGCGUGAGGAUCAUGAGGAUACACUUCUUCACGAGGCAUUGCUCUGUCUCAAGGGCCUUUGCACGACAUCCAUCGCCCUCGCACAUCUCACCAGCAUCGAAGCAGAGCUUUUCCCCGCUCUGCUGAAGAUGCUAUUCGACGAGGAGAAGAAGGGUCCCAGCGAAUUCACAACUCGCGGAAUCAUCAUCAACCUCUUCUUUACCCAACUUUCAUCCACCUCUUCAAACGAAAAGCCCGCUGAGCGUGCUCGACGACUUCUGGGUUACCUGAAGGAUCCGUCACCAACUGAAAACAACCAACCGCUAGCCUUUAUUGCCAAUAUAUACCAGUCUCGACCAUACCGUGUCUGGUGCAAGGAGGUGACUAAUGUCACUAAGGAAGUGUUCUGGAUUUUCCUGCACCACCUCAACGUGAUCCCACUUGCAAAGGCAGACACCGCAUCGAAUGACCCUUUUAUUGACAACAAGGCGUCGGCCGAUAGCCGUCCUUAUUCCCAGCGACACUUCCCCCCACCUCGUCCGCCCGUUCCUGCAGCCCCUUAUGUCGGUGGCGUUGAAUGGGAUGCUACCAACUACUUGGCCGCCCACCUUGAUCUUCUCAACGGUCUGAUUGCCUCUCUCCCUACAGCGGAAGAACGCAACCAGCUCCGCUCUGAACUGCGAGCAUCCGGCUUCGAGAAGGUGAUGGGUGGGAGUCUACGAACUUGCAAAGAAAAGUUCUACUCCGGUGUGCACGAGUGCCUCCGAACCUGGGUUGCAGCAGCAGCCGAGGAUGGCUGGGCCUACACGAUGGUUCGUGAAGGUCCUCCUCGCUACGGAGAACCUGGUUCACCUACCAAGUCUCCCAAGAAGGUAGCACCAGGAAGUCCGAAGAAGGGUAUUAUUGACGAAAAGCCACCAAAGCUCGAGCUCGUUCUUAAUCUUCCAGAGAGUCGACCAUCCGGUCCAUUGACUCCAUCGAGCGAUCUUCGCAGCUGGCUUUAG